AUGGAUCAAGAGGAUCAGAGCUACAAAUUAUUAAUGGAAUCUCGUGCCAGAAAUGCUCCCCUCCUUCUAGCUGCCCUAGAAGAUGAUUGGAAAUCUGCUAAAGCUUUUAUUGGAAAAGAUCGAGACUGUGUUAGAGCUGCCAUAACAGAAGAGCAAAGGACAGCUCUUCACAGUGCUGUAGCUACAAAAAACACUCGUUUUGUAAAAGAACUUGUGAAAUUGAUGAAACCAGAAGACUUGGAAUUGAAAGACAACUUAGGUUGCACGGCCCUUUACUUUGCUGCUCAAUCAAGAAUUGUAGCAAUUGCAAAGGAGAUGGUGGAAAAGAACAAAGAACUGCCGGCGAUUCCCAAGGAUGACGCCGAGCGUUUACCGCUUUACGCGGCGGUGAAAACUGGAAAUAGGGACAUGGUGUCCUAUUUAUACUCUUUCACUCCUCUUGGUAAAGAGGACAUGAAUUCUAAGGAUCGCAUUGAGCUUCUUAAUGCUGCUAUUUCCACGGAAUUGUAUGGUAUGUUCUGCAACGUCUCUUUUAUAGCUAUUUUAUAA